UUAUUUAAAAUACUUGUUUGUAUUGUGACUUGCUUGUGAAUGUGAUAUUGAUAUCAUUCACUGCGAGAGAAUAGUGCCUACAGCGUGUGUUUACUGUAGCUGUGAAUGUGAAAUGUGAUCUUAAUAUCAUAUUGUUUUAUCUUACCCGGUUGACCUUAUCAUUUUGUCGCAUUUUGCGAUUUUUUUCUCAAGAUUUUAUCAGUCUUUAUCUCAUUACUGGACUCAACAGUGUGUUAGAAUUAGUACAGUGAUAAUUUAAAAUGGUACUACUAACUUCUGGAAAACUUUUCCUUUUAAAAUGGAAUUCUUUUUCUCCUACAACUAUUUCAAUAGGGAAGAUAUUAUCAUGUGCUUCAUAUAGCACUGUAAAUAAAACAAAUAAAAUAUAUAGUGAUGUAAAUGAGGCUGUAAAGGAUAUAAAGGAUGGAUCGAAACUUCUAGUAGGAGGCUUUGGUUUAUGUGGAAUACCAGAAAAUCUUAUUAUGGCUGUAAAUAGAAAGCCUGUUUCAGGACUCACAGUUGUUUCAAAUAAUGCAGGAGUGGAAGAUUUUGGUUUAGGUAUUUUGCUUAAGAAAAAACAGAUAAAAAGAAUGAUAUCAUCAUAUGUAGGAGAAAAUGCUGAAUUUGAGAGACAGUUUUUGAAUGGGGAGUUAGAAGUAGAGCUAACACCACAAGGAACCCUGGCUGAAAGGAUAAGAGCUGGUGGUGCGGGAAUACCUGCAUUCUUUACACCAACUGGAUAUGGAACAUUAAUUCAUGAAGGUGGAGCACCAAUAAAAUAUACUAAGAAUGGAAAGAUAGAUAUAGCAAGUGCUUCUCGAAAUGUGCAACAGUUUAAUGGUCUCAAUUACAUAAUGGAAGAGGCAAUUACUGGCGACUUUGCAUUAGUCAAAGCUUGGAAAGCUGAUAGACACGGCAAUUUGAUUUUCCGAAAGAGUGCAAGAAAUUUUAAUCCAGCAAUUUGCAAGGCUGCAAGAGUUACAAUAGCUGAAGUAGAAGAGAUAGUUGACGAAAUUGACCCGGACGUUGUGCACGUACCGUCAAUAUAUGUCCAGAGGAUCAUUUUAGGUGAGAAAUUUGAAAAACGCAUUGAAAGAAGAACAAUAACGAAACCAAAAGAACAGAAAGAGAAGAAAUCAUCAGAUCUUAUGAGGGAAAGAAUAAUAAGACGAGCUGCUUUGGAAUUUAAAGAUGGAAUGCAUGCCAAUCUAGGAAUCGGAAUGCCGAUGCUAGCUAGUAAUUAUAUCCCGAAGAAUGUUAAAGUUUUAUUACAGUCUGAGAAUGGAAUUCUUGGUCUCGGCCCUUUUCCCACUGAAGAUGAAGUAGACCCUGACCUUAUCAAUGCUGGAAAAGAAACUGUAACCGUACUCCCUGGUGCUUCUUAUUUCUCAUCAGAUGACAGUUUCGCUAUGAUCCGAGGGGGCCACAUUGAUUUAACCAUUCUUGGAGCUAUGCAAGUUUCACAGUAUGGAGAUCUAGCUAAUUGGAUGAUUCCAGGUAAAAUGGUUAAAGGUAUGGGCGGUGCAAUGGACUUAGUGUCUGCGCCAAGGACUAAGGUGGUAGUGACUAUGGAACAUGCUGCUAAAAAUGGCGCCCAUAAAAUUCUACCAGAAUGCAAUUUACCGCUCACUGGCAAGAACUGUGUGGACAUGAUCAUUACAGAAAAGUGUGUAUUCGAAGUGGACAAAGAAAAAGGUCUAACGCUGACUGAAUUAGCUGAAGGUGUAAAAGUGGAAGACAUACUUGUUAGUACAGGUUGUGAGUUUAAUGUCGCUCCAAAUGUGAAAAAAAUGGGUGACAUUACACAAAUUGAAGCUACUAACGAAUAGAUUGGUUUUAUUCGAAAUAUACAUAAUACAGGGUUGUCAAGGUCGUAUAUAGUAAGCAGAUAUAUUAAAUAUAUUUCAAAGUAAGAAUUUAUUUUUUUAAUAAAAUAUAUUAAUGUUAUAUUUACAAUAAUUAUGUGUUCAUUAUAAUCUAAGGAACUUAGUUAUUAAUUUGUGGUCAACUUUUGAAAGUGAAAAAUAUACUUAUAUUUGUCAUUAAGGAAAAUAUAUUCGUUUAAAAAUAAAUAAUAAUAAACAAUA